GGGCGGGGGGCGCGGGGCGGGGCGCGGGCCGAGCUGCGGCCGCUCCGGACAUGUCGGGCCCGCGCGCCGGCUUCUACCGGCAGGAGCUGAACAAGACGGUGUGGGAGGUGCCGCAGCGGCUGCAAGGGCUGCGCCCGGUGGGCUCGGGCGCCUACGGCUCCGUCUGGCCGCCUUGCAGCUCGGCCUAUGACACGCGGCUGCGCCAGAGGGUGGCGGUGAAGAAGCUGUCGCGCCCCUUCCAGUCGCUGAUCCACGCGCGGAGGACGUACCGCGAGCUGCGGCUGCUCAAGCACCUGAAGCACGAGAACGUCAUCGGGCUGCUGGACGUGUUCACGCCGGCCACCUCCCUCGAGGACUUCAGCGAAGUGUACCUGGUGACCACGCUGAUGGGCGCCGACCUGAACAACAUCGUCAAGUGCCAGGCGCUGAGCGACGAGCACGUUCAGUUCCUCGUGUACCAGCUGCUGCGCGGGCUGAAGUACAUCCACUCGGCGGGGAUCAUCCACCGGGACCUGAAGCCCAGCAACUUGGCCGUGAACGAGGACUGCGAGCUGCGGAUCCUGGACUUCGGGCUCGCGCGCCAGGCGGACGAGGAGAUGACUGGCUACGUGGCCACGCGCUGGUACCGGGCCCCUGAGAUCAUGCUGAACUGGAUGCACUACAACCAGACAGUGGACAUCUGGUCUGUGGGCUGCAUCAUGGCCGAGCUGCUCCAGGGAAAGGCCCUCUUCCCAGGAAAUGACUACAUCGACCAGCUGAAGCGCAUCAUGGAGGUGGUGGGCACACCCAGCCCUGAGGUUCUGGCAAAGAUAUCCUCAGAACAUCUGUGGACCUCCUGGGACGGAUGCUGGUACUGGACAGCGACCAGAGGGUCAGUGCAGCCGAGGCCCUGGCCCACGCCUACUUCAGCCAGUACCACGACCCCGAGGAUGAGCCCGAGGCCGAGCCCUACGACGAAAGCGUUGAGGCCAAGGAGCGCACGGUGGAGGAGUGGAAGGAGCUCACCUACCAGGAAGUCCUCAGCUUCAAGCCCCCAGAGCCACCGCAGCCGCCUGGCAGCCUGGACGUUAAGCAGUGAGGGGAAUGCGGCUCGCCAGCUGCACUCGGACCCGAGGAGGGGCCUGAGCCCGCCUGCCCUCCCUCCUCGGCCUGCCAGACUUCCACGAGGGGCACCUCCCAACACCACUGCGGCCAGCAGCGCCCACCCCUGGCCUGGGACCCUUGUCUACACGCCGCUCCUUGUGGGAAGCCUGCACGUGUGUGAGCCAUGGGUGUAGGAGUCUGGAUAGAGCAUCCUGGACUUCCUUGGUCCUCCUACCCCCUCCCAGCAACCUGGGUCUCUAUUGGGACCUCGCUAUGGGGGACCUGGGUGCCAUAAGAGCUCCCCCCUGGGGAGUGUGUCUGUUUCCAGAUCUCCUGGCUCGCAGAGGGCUGUCUGUGGGGGGUGGUGCCUUGGGGCCGGAGCCUCCUGGAGACAAAGGAAGGGGUCUCGAUGGUCAGAGCUGCUCAGCCUGGAAGUGGGGGGCUACCCUGGAAAGUGCUGAGACUCAAAGGAUCUUCCAUGGGGGUGGCAGAGUGGGGACAGCUGCCUGGAGCCAUGUGUUCACCUAUGCUGUGUGGCACAUAUAUGCUCCUGGAAUUCACAUGUCAAAGCAGAUGCAGGCGCAUGUGAACCUGAGGGCACCUGAGGGCCAGUGGCCAUGACCAGCAGGAGGCCCAAGUUGGGGUGGCUCUACUCUUGCCUCCCCUCCCCUCAGUUCCUGGUGUGGGCGGGGAGGGGGCAUUGCUGAGAUCCUGCUGGGCAGCAUGCAACGGGCUCAGGUGGCCGUGGGCAGCCAUGUGAGCAAAAGCCCCCUGCUCCUUGGGUGUGAGGGCUGCAGCAGGGUUCUGAGGCAUGAGGGCACCGUGCCAGCUGGGGGGCUGGCAGGCAUGGGGGCCUCCAGCCUUGAGGACACAGAUGCCGAUGUGGACCCGGAUCCUGGACCUUGGCCAGAGCUGAUGAAGAAAUCUCUGCCCACUCUACCUCUGCCCACCCUCUGGCCCUGCAGCCCGGCGCUGGGGUGCUCAAGUCUGUGGGUCAGCCCUUGUCCUCUUCCCGCCUUCCAGAGUGGAGCUGACCUAGCGACCUCUGGGACAGGGCCCUGCUCCAGGCGUGUGGGAGGUGUGGGUCCUCCGUCAAGGGGCGUCUGUCAGGUGGUGACCUCUCACCUUGCAGGACCAGGGAGGUCUGAAUGCCAAGUGCCUGCCCCAGGGUUUCGCAAUAAAGUUCCCCUCUCACUCGG